GAGAGAAAAAGCAAAAGAAACCAUCGGAGCGCUUCCAAAGAAGAUGAGGGCUCAAAGCACCAAACUGUCAACGAAUGUGCUGUUUGAUAGCACGCACAUUCCAAGCUUGCGUCCCAGAACAAACAUGCUCUUGUGGCAGGGGGACAAGCAGAACAGCCACCGGUGAUAUUGGCUGCGUAUCGUGGCAGAACGUCUACCACCAACACCUACACCAAUCUCGCGUUUUUUAGAAUGUAAGCUUCAACUACGGAGGUGGAAAGCGAAAAAGAACAACUCGGAGUCGCUUGGUUUUUUCAUAAUUUAUUUCACGUACAUCCGACGAUAAGAUAUUAAGACAACAUGACUGGGCGCAUAAAGUACAAAAUUCUGCAUGCCUCCUCGGAGGACCCCGAGCACCCAGUGUCCGAGCUCCUCUUCCACUCUUCCAAGACGAAAGGCUGGUCUUCUAGCAGGUUUUGCGAUUAUCCGCAGGAACUCGGUAAGGCCUGUAUUUUUUGAUAUUACAUGAUACUAGAUUUUGAUUUCCGUUUGCAUUAGCAUUGCUUAUUGCUCACGUUUGUGGUCGAUCUCAACCGUUCGCUUCCGAUGCAUUUGAAGCGAGGACAACCAGCAUUUCUUCGUCGUUCAUUACACGUACGAGUGCACAGAUCCAGAUGCUCUAUGUAAAAAUUAUGAGUGUGCGUCACUCAGUAUACUUAAUACCCACUCUGCACUCUCGCUUUUUAUCUCGUCAGUACUUAGCAACGUCUGCCUACCUAGUCCCGUCAUUAAUUUUCAGUGCUGGUAUUCGAAGGACCUGUUACCGCCCGGCAGAUCCAGUUUUUGUCGCACCAAUGCCGGAUCGCUAGCAAAAUCGAGCUGUACGUUCACGAAGAAAGCAAGGACGAGCGCACGGACCACAUCAUCAGAAAGUAUUUUGCGGAAGAUGAUGUCGAGAGCCGCGGUACUAUACUUUGACUUUUUCUGGCACACCAGUUGCGCGGUCACGACGAGGACCUCAAUCUUUGGUGUUUCUUCAUAUUUGUUGGCACUAGAAGACUCUGCCGAUUGAAGAAAUGUUCUAGUAUUGGCACUAGUUGUCUACUACAGAGAUGACAGUAAUAACACGACGACGACGAACCCACACCCACUUUUGCAAUGUAACCAGGUGCGCUGCAGUACUAUUACGAGCAGCACCGGUCGCAGUUCAAACGCUUGGGCUACCUGUCGCUGGAUUCCAACGAGCGGUCGCAAUUCCAGGCGCGAGAACUGAAGUCUGUCUACAUCGAUCACAAGGCACGGUUUCUCAGGCUACGGCUGCACAAGUGCCACCUGAACAAGUUUAACCUCACAAAUCAGGUACAAGAACAACUUCGCUGUUAUACUACUUUAUUUCUACCUCACGUGGAAUGUCCCCCGAAUCAAGUGAGUAGAAAUAGACCACAGAAAAGAAAAAGUAUUUAUAUCAUCUUUGAAACAUAUUGCCAACAACAUUACCACACCAGAGCUGUUGAUCUUGAUUCCAGGUGAGUCUGGUCGCAAUCAAUGUGCUUGGUGAGAAUUUGCCAAUGCCGGAACCGACUAGCAAUUUUUCUUCGGGGACAGGAGCACAGGUUUGCGGAUAGAUUUCGUUGCAUUUGCUUCCACUUGUGCAUAUCUCGACGGAAAUAAAUGGAGGAUAUUGUUGAUUUGAUUUGAUAUGCUUUACAUGGGCCACCAGGAGCGCUGUAGUGUCAACAUAAUAAAACAUACAUUUUGCUUUUGGUGAAAGUUAAAUAUUGUUGAUCUACAACACAAUAAACUUAUUCUCGCGCCAGCACAGGUUCCGCCGCUUGCAAGCAGCUUCCAGAAGCCGUUGGUCGAGCCCGGCAUCAUGCAGGCUUCUUCCUCGUCCUCCAAAGCGCCGGAUAACUACGACCCCAAGAUCGCGGAAAAGCUGAACGCCCUCGGAAAGGCGAAGGACCACGCGGUAGAGAUUGAGGACUACCAGGAGGCGAAACGAUACAAGGAGAUGAUUACCAAGCUGAAGGCCGUGGCCAUGCGCAUUACGGAGUGCGAGCGGAAGAAGAAGCAGGCCGUGGACGCAGAGGACUACGAUGCCGCGAAACGUCUGAAAGCCGAGAUCGACGCCUUGUACCGGGCCGCGAUUGAAGGGAGGGAUCCGAACCAGGACCGCGAACAACCACCGGAGAUGGAGAUGCACGACGAGGUGGACCACCAUCCCCCGCGAGCAGUCGGGGGCCACGGUGCUGGAGGUGGAGGUCCGGCGCCGAUCUACACGAACUACGACGAGGUCAGCAGUGCAAGCAGAGGACCUGCUUCCCAGCGAGGGACGAUGAAUAAAGUCACCAACUCGCCGCCGAUACGUCCCCGCGACGGAAGCCGCUCGCAGGUUUCCGCGGCGCCGACUAGUCCUCUGCUGCCUGCGGUGAACAACGAGGAGGUGCCCGUGGGAAACACCAGUUACAACGCGGGCUAUCGGACCCGAAAUAACCAGGGCGGCGGGGGCGGGGAGCAGCAGCCGCUCGGGGGAUUGUCCACCUACAGCCGGGGAGGUUACGAACCUGACUCCCCCGGCACAACCGAGCCUCAGCAGCAGCACGUGGCGAAAAAAUCCUACCCGAGUCUGAGCAACUUAGGCCCGGACAGCGACCCAAACUCCAUUAAGGGGAUGCACUUGUUUGCGGAUUUGGGUGCUGCGCCCGACCCGCCGGAUCAUCUCCCGCCGCUCGGGACCACGGAGGGGGGCCUUCCGCCCGGGGCAGAGGAGCUGAAACCCAACGCGGAGUUGCCGGACCCGGAGCCCAUAUCCUCCAGUUUUACAAAAGAGGUGCAGCCAUUGCUGCACGUGACCGGAGACGAGCACUUAGUCUCGUGCCUGUAUUCCAAGCAGCGGGUCCUGCGCGAGCACGGCCUGACGCGGUUAACCGACGAUUUGAACGGCGGGGUGUACGACACGUUGCUGGAGGACGCCGCCAGUAGCAAAGAGUUCUUGCAAGGCCUGGUGGCCUUGUUGAGGAGGACUUCCAUUGAGAAAAACGUGCAGAUUUUUCUAUCCUCCAUGCAACUCGCGCAAACGCUCUGCACAAAGGUCAUCCUCGCCAACGAAGACAAAGGAUUUUCCCUGAAAAAGGUACACUCGCCAAAACAGUUUGAGAGCUUCCGAUUUCCGUGCUUCACCUUGUUUUUAUUUUUUCUCCGCAUGCACUUGCAGUUGCACUGAUCCAUUUUUAGCAACUGUUCCUACGAAUUCCUGCUCAGGCGGACGCGCAACCGCAGCUCGACAGCUACAUUCCAAUGCUUGUGGAGCGGCUCGGGGAGACAAACGCGCGCUGCGCACAAGCCGCGGGCGAUGCCGUGCUAUCAUUUGCGCUGUGCCCCAACGUCGGCUGCACCUUCGUCGCACAGUUUCUGAUGAAACCGAUCGUCUCCAAAUCAAAGAAAGUAUACUAAACUCAUAUUUUUGUACAUAAGGAUAACUCUCUUCGAUAUUUUUCAGCAACAAAGAUAAAACACGGACCGUAAACGCAUGGGAGUUCUUUGCGGCCUUAGCAGGCAUGGAUGCGCCGGCAUGUCGCACUCUAGAGAGAACCUACCUUGAUCAACAUGUUGACAGACUUGUUUUACUUGCACGACGGACUAAUAAAUCUAAAUCGUAUCAUGAAGGUGUUUCCGCAGAAAGUGUACUGCAACCGCAUCAAGCUGCUGACCAUUUUGAUGCAAGAAUCGUCUGGGGAGUCGAUUCACGAACAGUUGUUGUCCGUCGCCAUGGGCUGGUUUGACAAUCCCAACCACGAAGUGCGGCAGUCCAUCGUGGAGCUGGUAGGUGUGAUCUACGGAAAAACCGCGUCCUACUCGGUGGUAGAGCCCUACUUGGCGGACCUCCGCCCCGCCCAGCGCGAGGUGUUCGAGGCAGAGUUCGAGCGGGUCGGCGGCGAGGACUUUCUCUUGGAGAAAAAGGCCUCGCAGCUGCUCCACGCGGCCCAGCAGGAGCAACAAACGACCGUGCCCGCCUCGAGUAGCAGUUCAUCCACAUCAGGCCCGUCGAAGCAACAGCCGAAAAAGAAAGCCAAAAAACCAGUGCCAGGUGCUGGCGGAGGAACUACGACAGGUGGCGUGGCAGCAGGGGCGGUUGGGGCCGGCGCAACAGGAGCUUCCAGCUCCGCGCCCGCAGAACAGCCGGCGGCCUCCGCGGCAGACGGCGGCGGCCCGGUGGAACUCGUAGAGGACGGCCCGAGUGUGUACGAACCUCCACCGAGUGGCGACGCGAACGAAGAGCAGCACAUAAUAAGCAAAGAGGUCAACCUAGAGGGGGCGCACGCCGAAGUGGACGAGUUUGAGUGCCAGUUCUGCCACCUAAAGGACCCCUCUUUCACGCCCGAGGUCCUGGACCUGCACUACUGGAAAGACUGUCCACUGCUCAUGGAGUGCCGCUUCUGCCAGCAGGUCAUUGAGAUCUCCAGCUUGCGCUCCCACUUCUUGGAGGAAUGCGAGCAUUUUCCCAUGAGUGAAAUUUAUGAACAGGUAUAAUUUUUUAUUUUGGCUAGUCAGCGUGGUGGACUACCGUUUUUGAUGUUGGAAUGAGUGAUGUCUGAGCUGCGAGGCCCAGACGUCAGACCCCAGCACAGUUGGAUAAGUACAAACAUCGAUCCUAUAUGCGACAACCACUCUUCGACUACGCUGUCACAGACCCCGGACGGCGCGCCUCCUGUGCUUCCGCCACCCGGUGCCUGCCCUUUAUGCUUGGAGCCGGUCCAGGAAGACGAGUGGAAGGACCACCUGCUGGCCUGUGAAAAAAACCCGCGGAAGUUCGGCACAAUCUCCGCCGCAUAA